AUGGGGCAUCGGUGUCAGUGCGGCGAAGAACAUAACGCAGGAGAACUGGGAGUUCAAUACAAUCUUUUCGAGAAGAUUGACUUGCAGAAUGUAGAGUGUCUGAACGAGCUGGUGGAAGGAUCUGGAGCCAAGAUUUUCAAAUCGUGGGAGGAUCGCUUGGAUCAUACAAAGUUUGUGGAAAGCGAUGUGGAUGAGGAACUACUCUUCAAUAUCCCCUUUACCGGUGAUAUCAAGCUCAAAGGUCUGAUUAUUGUCGGAGGACCAGAUGAUUCUCAUCCAUCAGAAGUAAAACUCUAUAAAAACAGGGAGGGAAUGACAUUCGACGAAGCUGGAAGUGAACCUGAUCAGAAAUUUGAGUUGAUAAUGGACCAAUACGGUGUUCACGAGUAUCCAAUAAAAGUGGCCAAAUUUUCCUCAGUGCAUCAUCUCACACUGCACUUUACUGGUAACCGUGGAGCUGAGAGAACAAGGAUCGACUAUAUUGGCUUGAAAGGAGAGUGGACUCCUGGCCAUCGUCAUGGAGUCACUAUCUGCACAUACGAGGCUCUACCGCAACACAAAGAUCAUUGGUAA